GGGGAGUGUAUGUCUAGAUUUAAUAAAUCCCCUCAAUCCUUAGGUAUUGAUAGUAGUAAUUUUCGGCGCAGAAUAGAUUCAAACCUGUAGCGCUUGCAGAUCGACAGUUCUAAAGACGCCUGAGAAGUAAUAGCAGUUCGAUAACUGAGAGGAAAUUAGUUGAAUGGAUUUGUUGAUGUAUAUUAUUACGUCUACGUUUGUAGAUGCAGAUAAUUUAAUUACUCUGUGUUUAAGAAAUUACGGAAUUGAACACUAGCACUACAAAUGUUACAUAACAAUGGUUGAUUAAAUCACAGCUGGUUGAUUUUUUGAACGUUUACUCUCUGGAUAACAAUAAACGAUGGAGUUUCAAAAUAAAAGCAACGAGAACAUGGAUAUUAACAUUUUGGAUUACUUCAACCUAAAGUUUAAUUUUACCAGCUUCAACCAUAAUUUUACACCGAACGCUCUUGCGGUCGAGGAAUUUUCAUCGGCCAUGACUUUUGGAAUUAUUGCCGGUUUAUUGUGCGUUUGUGCAAUUUUUAUUAACAUCGUCAGCAUAAUCGUGAUAAACAGGGUGACAAGUUACAAUGCUGUUUAUGUGUUAUUUAUUAACCUUUCAAUAGCUGAUAUGUUAUGUGCUUUGUCGACAUCUUUAGAAAUCUUUCCUCGGCUGAUGAUUGGAGGUGCAACCUGGUACACGCUGCAUCAUUUAACAUUCUCUGCUCAUUGUCACGCGGUCAGCGUCAUCUUGUUUGCCACGUUCUACUGUACAAGCGCUUCGCUGUUACUUAUCCUCGCAGUUCUGCGAUAUAUCGCUAUUUCUCAACCGACACUAUACGCUAAUGUGUCCAAGAAGUGGCAUAUGCGAGGUUACAUCGCCUUGGCAUGGUUGGUAUCUUUCCUCAUAAGCCUCCCGGGAGUCGCCGCCUUUCUCCAUGGUCAAGACGUGAACAUUUUAUGGGACCAAGUCUGGCCAUGUCUCCUCGGAACAAUCUACGUAAUUGUUAUAUUGUUGUAUAUUAAAGUGUCGAUUAGUCUUUUGCGAUUAUCGAAUGGGAGAAGAUCAUGCACCAACGUCAAGGAAAACCACAAGGCGUUCGCCACGAGCGUCAUACUCAUGACGAUGCUCAUCCUUACCGCCGUACCAUACAUAACAGUGAAGUUAAUACGCUACGAUUACUGGAGUGCAUCUUUACAAAAGCUUUACAAUAAUCUGAUAUGUUAUAUCCCCUAUGUGAACUUUAUAACAAACCCGAUCAUAUAUGGACGGAGAACAGGAGAAAUAAAGAAGGGAUACGCGAGGCUUCUGAAGGGAUGUUUCGGACGACUACCAGGUACCACUUUGGACUUUAACAGGAAUAGUGAUCACGACACUUUGUACUCUAAGGUUAAUCGUCGUGUGGAUGAUAAACGGGACAAUCAAGUUGCAAUUCCACUGGCGACUUGUAAUACAAACACGGACGCGAUACAUAUAUCUUCAGGUUAAAGGCAAAAUCAGUUUUAUAGGGAGUGGCGAAAUGGCAAGCAACACGUAGAAUAUAAUUGGCCUAAAAAUCUAUUCCUUAUUAUGAUCUCAAACACAAUACUUGUAUACUUGUAUACCAUAAUCAUAGAAAAAUAAUACAUCACUGUGGAACUCUUAGUUUUCAAAAUAUACCUUAUAAGGACAGAUAUGAGCCAAAAACAUUCAAAAAUAGAAACAAUUUUAGUUAGUCGCUGG